AUGAAAAAAGUAUAUCGUUCAGUAUUUUUAAUUAUUUUUGUAAAUAUUGGAGGAUAUUUAUUUUGUUCUUUAAUUGUCGAAUAUAUUCUUGUACCCUUUUUUGGAGCAAAUCAAAUAAAUUUUUUGUUAUUUUUAAUUAUACCUGGAUUAAUAAUUAAUUUUGCUAGUGCUUCUAAUGCUCCGAUUCUUUUUAUUAAUAGUACUGACUACAAUGAUGCAUAUAAAAAAGAAUUUAAUUUUAUUAAAAAUAUUUUAUUUAAGAAAGUUGGAAUUAAACAACAGACAAAAACGGCGGUUGUAAUGUUAAAUAAAAGCACUACAAAUUUAUAUUAA